AUGCACGCGACAGUGUUCCUAUUAAUUCUAGCAGCCGCCGCUGUAUGCUGCACAGCAACAGAGCAGGGCAGCUGCCCUUUCAAGGAGAACAAACCCAAGGAUAUUAAAAACCAGGAAGCUCCAAGCGGCAGUUGCGACGGCAACUCGAAGCCUGCAUCUUCGAAUAAACCGAGUAUCGCGCAAAAGUUCAAAAACUACUUGAAGCCGCUGUUGGAUUUCCUACCGGCGAUGAUUGCCAAUAUCAUAUCGUACGCAAUUGAUAUCUUGGCAAAAAUUAGAGAAGUGGCUCUACUUUAUACAACGUUUUUAACUCCAUCGAAACCGGUUUCGAAGCUCUUCGAUCAAUACGUUAAUGAGUUAGUAGGAAAAGGGCCGUCCUGUUGA